AUGACAAGGUCACAAUUUGAGACCCUCGCCAACGACUUGAUUCAGAAGUGUAUCGAUCCCUGUAAGAAGGCCUUGAAGGAUGCCGGCCUUAAACCAACCGAUAUCCAGGAAGUUAUCCUCGUCGGUGGUAUGACCCGUAUGCCAAAGGUUGUUGAGACCGUUAAGGUCCUUGAUUCAGAUGAGGUUGUAACUAUCAUUCAAAUCAAUUUUGGAAAAGAUACUAGCUCCUGCUACCUGAUCAUGUAA